CUGCUCUGUUUUUAGAUACAGGACAUUCAACCCACAACCUGCCUGCUGUGAUUAGGAUCACGACACUAAAUCCGGUAGGAAAUGUCUCAUUAGACCACAUCACAUCCUCCAAAAGAAAGUGAAAGUUUAAAGAGUCACAAUUUCAUCAAAGUCGACAACAGAGGAAACAACUCCAACGACUGCACACACUGAAGAUAUGGGAGGAUUCUUCUCUAAACCUGAAGUGAAGCCCCCUUCUCCACCAUUGCUUGAUAAAGAAUGGCGAACUGUACCAUGGAAUGCCAAAGGUGAAUAUCUACAGUCUGUGAGGUGUUUUGAGCCUUUUCAGCCUCAUAAUGACGAGAGGAAUGAAGAUCAGCAUAUUAGAAUUCUGCUUCAUGGACCAGCUGGUCACGGCAAGUCCACUUUUAUCAACUCUGUGGACACCAUCGUUCGAGGCAGAAUGGCUGGACGAGCUUUGGCGGAUGCAAUUGGAGGGAAGACCUUCACCAAAAAGUACACAACAUACAAAAUUAAAAAAGGAGGACGUGGGACCUUUUACCCAUUUGUCUUCAAUGACAUUAUGGGUCUUGAGAAGGACGAAGGAGUUUGCGAGGAGGACAUCAAACUAGCCAUGAUGGGACAUGUCAAAGAGGGUUACAGGUUCAAUCCAUGCUCCAAAUUAUCCACAGAUGAUCCAAACCACAACACAAACCCCAGUCUGAGUGACAAAGUGCAUGUUCUGGUUUGUGUCAUUUCUGCCAAUGCUCUGUGGUCUAAGGAAGUACCGAUGGACAUGAAUAAGGUGAAGGAGGAAGCUAGCUCUGCCUCUAAAGUACAUUCACUGGAAGAUAUUAUGAAGAAGAUGAGGAAUGUGAGGCUGGAAGCUAGUGAUAUGGGGAUUCCUCAAAUGGCUAUUCUCACCAACAUUGAUAAAGCCUGUCCUGAGGUCGAUGCAGACUUAAGAAACGUCUACAAAAGCAAGUAUGUGAAAGAAAAGAUGGAGGUUCUGAGUGCAUCACUGGGUAUUCCACUGAACUGCAUCUUUCCUGUGAAGAACUACCACUCAGAAAUCGCUCCAAAUGAUGACCUUGAAAUGCUGAUACUGAUGGCACUGAGACAGAUGAUCAACUUUGGAAAAGAUUUUGUGAACGACUGUACAUGUGCACGAGACUAACAUUGCUUCAGCUCAUCAUAAAAAGAAAUCAUUUCAAAAGUUGAUAUUGCAGUCACAUGUAGUGGGAAACAGAUUUAUGGCUUCAUUGAAAAUUACAUCAUAUAUUUUACCUGAUAAAGCAAACAGAAGUGCACUAGUUUUGCUCAGAUUUUUAACUAAACUUGUAAAUGUAAAUACUAAGACAAACUUUGCUUCAGCUCAACAUAAAAAAGAAUUGUGAAAAAUUCAUAAUGUAGUCAUAUGCUACGGGGAAAAACAUGUAGGGCUUAGUUUACAGUUACAGUAUUAGACCUGAUAAAGCAAGUAGAAGUGCACUGGUUAAGUGUAGAUCCUGAAUUUAGUUUAAAAAUAAUAUUAAAAAAAGACUAAAUAUAUUAUUCAUGUCACAUAUUACUUUGCAAAGUGUUUCUUUUCCACAUUACUUCCAUGUUCUUUCGGAUCUUCUCUUCUAAUACAUAUUCAUGUCAGCAGAAAUGAUAACCUGCUGUGAACUUGAGCAAAUGAAAAAUAAAAAUAUAUUGUG